AUGAAUGAUGAUGGACAAAAAUUUAAAGUACCUUUAUGUCAAAAUGAAAAUGAUAUCAAACAUAAUACUAAAAUAAUUUCACUAAAAAAAACAAAAAAUACAAUUGAAAAUGAAAAUAAAAUUAAAAAUCCAUUUUCAAAAAAAUUUAAUAAAAUUCUUAAUAAUUCAGUUAACAAGAAUAAAGAAUUAAAUAACAAUAAAAAAGUUACAUCUCAAUUUUCAAAUAUUAAAACUGCAUAUAAAGCUGGUAGUGCAAUGGAAGUAAGAAGUAGAAGAAAAAAUAAUUUAAAAAAAACUACAGAUAAUUGCAACACUUAUGAUAAAAAAAGUUGUUCAAUAAAUAAUGAUUUUGAAGAUGAUAAUGGUUCAUAUCAAAGAUUAGAUGAUAUUCAAGCUAUAAAGUAA